ACGUUUGUGGAGGAAAUUUGAAAUUUAAAAGCUUUCUCCAUUUCCCUUUGUAUGAACUAUCGUCACUUAGAACCGGAACAGGAAAAGGAGAAUACAACUGCCACAAAUCUUAAUGGUACAACACCCAACACUUCCAUUAUGGAUUGUAGUAUUUUUCCGAGGAUAUUCAAGCAGUUUGUAACUUCCAAUACCCUAUACCCGACUAUCUUGGACUACCACUGUUUAUCUCAGAAAACUCACCAUUUACAACAAAGAAUAAUAGAUGGGUAUAAUUCUGGCUCCAAAAGAGGAGACUCCUUAAGCCAAGAACAAGCUGACCCCUUAAGUGAAGAAGAAGAAGAACAGUUACGUUGUGAGAUUCGAAACAUGAUUCUCCAUGAUAUAUCGGAAGAGAUAACUAAGAGUAGUGUUAGAGAAGUCACCGAUGUGCACGACUCCGAAUCUCAGCAAAUAUAUAUCCAUCAAGAAGGAAAUGUGGAGAACACUUCAAAUAUAGAAAAGUCAAAACAGCAAGAUAUUGGAAAGAAAGAGAAAGAGGAGGACAAUCAGAAGUGUAAAGAUAACAAUAGAGAAAAGUGGAUGGACGUUCUAACGGAACUAGGAGAAAACCUCAAUACAGAUACUGAAGUAAAGAUGAGAACUUCUGUAACAAAAGUUGCUCUUAACAAGGGACUGAAAAGUCCUCAUAAAGCACUGCCUUCGGAGUGGAAAGUAGAUGACUUUGAGUUUGGAAAGCUCUUAGGUGAAGGAAAGUUUGGACAAGUUUACUUGGUCCGAGAAAAAGUAUCUAGUUACAUAUGUGCCCUAAAAAUACUAUUAAAAGCGCAGUUGCAACAGUCAGGUGUAGAAUAUCAGCUGCGAAGAGAAGUUGAAAUUCAAAGUCGACUGAAACACCCGAAUAUUCUAAAAUUGUUUGGUUACUUUUACAGCAAUCGCCGCAUAUUUUUGAUCUUAGAAUAUGCACCAGGUGGAGAGAUUUUCAAGGAACUCAAAAAAUGUGGCAAAUUUUCUGAGCGACAAGCUGCUUUUUAUAUCCAAGGAUUGACAAAGGCACUUAUUUACUUACACUCAAAACAUGUCAUUCAUAGGGAUCUCAAACCAGAAAACUUGUUAUUGGGACUUUCAGGUGAAAUCAAAAUUGCAGACUUUGGUUGGUCAGUGCAUUCGAAAAGUCAACGAAGAAAUACCUUUUGUGGGACAGUUGACUAUUUAGCUCCAGAAAUGGUUCAACACGAAAAGUAUGAUUCUGCGGUGGACAUUUGGGGACUUGGUGUUCUCUUGUACGAAUUUGUUGUUGGUCGGCCUCCAUUUGAAGCGAAUACAGAUCAAGAAACCUAUCGACGGAUAUCCCGAGUAGAAUAUGAAUGUCCAGAAUGGCUGUCUGCAGAAGCGAAGAGUCUUCUUUCGCUUCUUCUUGUUAAGGAACCUUCAAGACGUAUGCCACUGGAUAAAGUAUUGAAACAUCCUUGGAUACGAAAAAAUUGUCAAGAACAGUACAGAUGAAUAUCAACAACAGCAGAGUGCUGUAGAGAGAAAAUGA